UGGACCGGGGCACGAACCCGUGUCCCCUGCAUCAGCAGGUGGACUAUCAACCACUGCACUGCCAGGGAAACCCCCCUCUCACCUCUUUGACCUCAACUCUCCCCACGCUUCCUGGGCUCACUCUAGUCACACUGCCCUCUUUGGUUUCCCCUGAACAUGUCAGGCAGAUGUCUGCAUCAGGGACAGUGCCUUGCUGUCCCUUUGUCCUGAAAUGCGCCUCCCCCAUAUAAACCCAUGACACACUCCCACACCUGUCUCAGGGCUCCACUUAAGUGUCACCUCUCAGUGACACCUUCCCUGUCCACUCGACUUAAAAUUGCCUCAGUAAUCCCUAUCUGUCCUCCCUGUUUGAUUUUUCUCCAUGGCACUCAUUACUUUCUACCAUAUUGUAGAUCUUUUUCUUUAUUUUGUUUAUGGCCCAGCUCCCAUGACUGGAAUGUAAAUCCCAUGAAGUCAAGGAAUUUGUCUGUUUCACUCACUGCUGCAACACUUUGGCCUAGAAAAGUUCCCGUCACAUAGUAGAAGCUCAAUAAGCAUUUGCUGAAAACAUGAAUGAAUUGUGGCUUGGUGUAAAGAGGACUUGGAAGACCCAGGCCUUAUUUUUUGGAAUCCACUACUCCUGGUUUAUAGACUCUUGAGAAAAUUACUUAACAUCUUUAUGUGCUAGUAACUUUCCAUCUGUACAAUGUUUUCCCAAAAUAGUUUGUCAGGAUUAAGCGAAAUGAUAAAUAUGAAAGUUCUUUCUAAUUUUAUUAGAUGUGUUAACAUUAACAAUACUAUUUAUAAUCAUAUAAAAAAGGAAGGAGACAGUUAGACAAACCAGGGAUGAACAUUCUCACUUCUUGCCCAGCAGGGUCACCGGUGUUUUCUACCAAGGGCCAAUUUAGAACUUUCCAUAGGGGGAUUUGUGGCUUGACUAAUUCUAUUUUAGAUUUCAGAGAACGUAACCCAGAUUCCCCCUCAAAUUACAGGACUAUUCCCAAACUGAAUAGUUGCUCUGGGGAUAUAGACACUCAGGUUUCUGCUAUCCCUGCACAGGUCACGUUAUAACAUAAUGGCCACACAUUGUAGAAAGUGGUGGAGAAGGCAAUGUGAAUCUUUUGAGGGCAAUAUUUCUCCUUUGCAACUGGGUUAUGCCUUCUUUUGGAGCUGAUCGUUGACCUACAUUAUUUGUGACAUGCAGAUUCUCAAUUUAUCAUAUCUUUACUUUUAAAGGAUAAGUCAUGUGGUUUUUUAGGCUUUUAAGCCAGAAUGUGGGUAGAUGACUAUAAAGUUCAUUAGGUAUUAUGUGGAGCUUUUCAGAGAACUUUAUAAUCAUUCUGAUUAAUUUGUAAUUUCCAGGAAGACUAAAAAGUAUUUCACAGACUAAUAAUUCUGAAACGCGAAAAAAACUUGUCUCUACAAUUGAAAUUAUUAAGUGACCUAGUUGCAUCAGCUUGCCUUCCUUCCUCCAUCUUAUUUUUUACCUUCCUACGAUCUGAGGUGUAGCUGGAAGAAUGAAGCUUGUGGUGAGACGUUCACCACACCACCCAGUGUGGGCAAAGUAAGAGCACGAGCGCAGGCACACGUGAGGCGCAGGCGCUGAGCCCGCAGCAUCAAGCCGCUUUACUCCGUAUGAAGGCCAGUGGCCUUGCGCUGGCGGAGAGAAGUCUAGAGAUUAAAGAAACCUGACACUCAAGAAAGAAAACUCCUGUGGCUGUUCAUUUGCGGAACAAGAAGCUACUUCUUUACUGAUUCACUUCUCUCCUAUUCUCUCCUCUGUGAGCCAGAGGAGUUGAAAAUCCACUCCCCUUCUAGUCCAGGCCCGGACACUCUGCCCAGAUCAAGCACCACCAUGAGAGAGGAACCCAUGAAUUCCACCAACAUCUACGAUGCCAAUGAGGAUUAUUUUGGGUUGGCUAAUAGUUCAGAUUACUCACUCGAUGUUGAUAGCUUUCUAUGUUCCUUGCAGGAGGUCAGAAAGUUCUCUGGGCUAUUUGUGCCACUCGCUUACUCCUUGAUAUGUGUCUCUGGCCUCCUGGGCAAUAUUUUGGUGGUGGUCACCUUUGCUUUUUAUAAGAAAGCCAAGUCUAUGACAGACGUUUAUCUCCUGAACAUGGCCGUCGCAGACAUCCUCUUCGUCCUUACCCUCCCGUUCUGGGCCGUCAACCACGCUACUGGCGAGUGGAUAUUCAGCAACGUCAUGUGCAAACUGACCCGGGGCAUCUACGCCAUCAACUUUAACUGUGGGAUGCUGCUCCUGACCUGCAUCAGCCUGGACCGCUACAUCGCCAUCGUGCAGGCCACCAAGUCCUUCCGGCUCCGGUCCAGAGCCUUGGCCCACCACAGGAUGAUCUGUUUGGUCGUGUGGGUGGUGUCGAUCUUCAUCUCCAGCUCGACCUUCAUGUUCAACCAGAAAUACAAGCUGCAAGGCAGCGACGUCUGCGAGCCCAGGUACCACACCGUCUCCGAGCCAGUCCGGUGGAAGCUGCUGGUGCUGGGACUGCAGCUCCUGUUCGGCUUCUUCAUCCCGCUGGUGUUUAUGAUAUUUUGCUACAUGUUUAUUGUCAAGACCUUAAUUCAAGCUCAGAAUUCCAAAAGGCACAGAGCCAUCCGCGUGAUCAUAGCCGUGGUCCUUGUCUUUCUGGCUUGCCAGAUCCCACAUAACAUGGUGCUUCUCGUGACCGCCGUCAACCUGGGCAGGACGGACCGCUCGUGCAGCAGCGAGAGGCUGCUGGGCUACACCAGGAACGUCACCGAGGUCCUGGCUUUCCUGCACUGCUGCCUCAACCCGGUGCUCUAUGCCUUCGUCGGUCAGAAGUUUAGAAGCUACUUUCUGAAGAUCACGAAGGACCUGUGGUGCGUGAAGAGGAGGCAGAAGUCGCUGGGCUUCUCGUGCUCCCGGCUGCACUCGGACACCCUCACCUCCCGGCAGAACAGCGAGACCGCGGACAACGACAGCCCGUCCUCCUUCACCAUGUGACGCCCCCCAGGCUCGGCGCGGACGGGCUAACAGGCAGGACAAAAACGCAUGGGGCGUGUGGACAUGAAGCCAAAGCGAGGGGGGUCUUUCCUGCAAGGUCAGGGCUGCACGCGCUCAGGGUGCCAGCAGGCACCGACGGGCAGCAUCCCCCAAACUCAUUUGACGGGGAUGCUCUGUGCCCCCGUCCCUGCUGGCUGGCAUUCUGCAAAACAGGCUUUGGGAAAUGCUGAAUGAAAAUGAAUUGCUGACAAACGUGAACACUUUCAGGAAUAUUCACGAAGCAGCCCUAGACCACAAUUUCUUCUGGUCGUCGCAAAACAUCCCACGGCUUAAAAACCCAAAACGGAUGGGCUUCCCUGGUGGCGCAGCGGUUGAGCGUCCACCUGCCGAUGCAGGGGACGCGGGUUCGUGCCCCGGUCCGGGAAGAUCCCACAUGCCGCGGAGC